AUGUCACGUUGGCCAGAGACAAGCGAGGAUGCAGGACCAGUUUAUGUGCGUGAAAAGGGGAAGCUAUUUGUCAUUGGGUCACAGAUCUCCAAGAGCAAGACUCGGCCCUUUGGUCUCUUCUCCAAAGGCUUCUCAGUGGAAUUGUGCAUGAACCAGGGGGAUGCGUGCAAGCAAAGGGAGAAGCCCUACUUCUUUACAUAUACAGAACAGGGGAGCCUGCGCUAUUCUGCCAAACCUCUUUUCAUAUUGACUCUCGAUCUCAUAGCUAAUAACAUUCAGCAUGUGGAUUCCCUGAUUGGAUUUCCAGAGCAGGUUGCAGAGAAGCUUUUUGCUGCUGCAGAAGUUAGGCAAAAAUUCCAUGCGCCUGGCAGUGGUCUCGCGUCCCUGCAGAAAUUUACAGAGGCAUACGGGGAUCUUAUGCUUUCAUCACUCUGUCUUCGAGGCAGGCAUCUCCUGGUCUCUGAGAAAUUAGAGGAAAUUAUGUCUUUUCAGGGCCUCCGCAGCUUGGACUUGUCACAUUGCAAAUUGGGAGAUGAACAUGAGCUGAUUGGCCACUUUACCACCGAUGCAUUGAGCAGCUUGACAGAGCUAUACCUGAAGGAUAACUGUUUGUCAGACGCUGGGAUCCGGAAGAUGACUGCUCCAGUGCGGGUCCUGCACAGGGGACUUGGAAGUCUGACGGUGCUUGAUAUGUCGGAUAACCCAGGUGUCACUGACUUGGGAGUGACUUUCCUUUUUGCAUUUAAAACUCUUAACUUCUUGGAUAUUUCUGGAACAGGAAUAAAGGAUGCUGCAGUUAAAAAGAUUGAAGCGAGGUAUGGAUUAAAACACUCCAAAGACCCGCUACUUCAGUUUGACCACGUGAACUGCACUACUCGGGGCUGGGCCGAGCAGCUUUUUGAUCAAUGGGAAAGUCGUUUAGCAGCAGCUAUUAAACCAAAGGAGACCCCAAAGUCGCGGGCAGCAGCACAGCAGUUUUAUGGAAAAGAAAAGAUAAUACCUGAGAAAGAUUUGGAUGUCUGUGCUGUGCAGAACCCUCUUACAAAUCAGCCCAAAAGGCUACAGUUUUACAGGACAACUGAACAGAAGGUUGGGCUACCCUCUGGCCAUAUCACCGGACACGGCUCAAUCAAAAGACCUCAUAAAGAAGAAACCCAAGCCUGCCCCACCCCAUCCUCCAAACGGCCGUGCUUAUCACUAAGUGAACAAGACUGGGAGUUGUUGAACAGUUACUGACGUCGGACACAGACAUGUUUAUAAUAAUGGGGCACAUUGUUGGCCAUAAAACAGCACUAGUUGUUGGAGACAAUAUUCAUCUUAUUUGGUCGGUGUUAUUUUUAUUUUGUAGUCUCUCUGGACUGUAGCAAUUUUUUUUAAAAAACAUAUGUUUGUACUUGUGAUGUCUUACCACCAUUCCUACAAUAUUCUACAAUAUUCUAGUAACCAAAUGGUAACCCUUGCCCUAACAUCAUGCUUUGGUCAAAGAAUAGAUGAAUUAAUCCAAGAGGUUUUUUGGUAGCUUGAAUCUGUCAGUACUAAAGCUACUGUAGGGUUUACUAUUCCACAGCCUGAUUCCUGUAGGGUUUAAGCCAACCAGGACCUUGAUGUCCAUUAACGGAAAAUCUGCUUAAUUGUGUAUGGUAAAAUCUCCCCUUAUUUUGAUAUAUUUGGAAUACAUAUUAUUUUGCCACAGAACAUACAAAGAAAUGUCAAGAAAGG